AUGGCCGAGUCGGCCAUUAGCGCCGUGCUUGGCAACGUCAGCACCCUUGCGCUUCAGGAGACCACACUGCUGUGUUGCGCAAGCAGUGAGGUGGAGUUCCUGAAACAUGACCUGAAGCGGCUGCAAUGCUUCCUUAGAGACGCCAACAACAAACAGAGGCGGGGAGAUGAAGAAAAGGUUGAUAUUGAUGGUGAGUUGCCUCAAGAUUAUGGUCCUAUUCACCAAAAUUUUGAAGAUGUUGUUAUGGUUGGUUUCGAGAAUGAAUACAAAGAAAUAGUGGGGAAGUUAGUUGACACAGAGAAGAGUCUUAGUGCCAUCUCCAUAGUUGCUAUGGGUGGUGCGGGGAAAACAACACUUGCUAGAAAAGCCUACACUUCGCCUGGAGUGAAACGACAUUUUGAGGCAGUUUGUUGGGUGACUGUAUCUCAAAAGUUUAAAGGCAUUGAUUUACUAAAUGAUAUUAUGAAACAAAUAACUGGGAGUACACAUAGGCCAGACGAUCAAAUGCAAGAGCAUGAGGUGGGAAAGAAGAUCCAUGAUUUUCUGUUGCAAAAGAGAUACUUAGUAGUUCUCGAUGAUGUGUGGGAAACAGAUACAUGGGAGCAAUUAAACAGAAAGGUUAAAGCGUUUCCAGAUGCAACUAAUGGUAGUAGAGUACUGUUAACCACACGAAAGGAAGAUGUUGCAAAUCAUGUUCCAAUGCCAACCAAUGUUCAUCCUUUGAAGAAGUUAGAUGAAGAGAAAAGCUGGGAACUUUUCAGUAGCAAAGCUUUACCAUCAUACAAAAGGUCUGCAAUACGAAAUGUGGAUGAGUUUGAAGAACUUGGGAAGAGAUCUUACAAAGAAAUGUGAUGGAUUACCACUUGCACUUGCAGUUUUGGGGGGUUAUCUAUCAAAAAAUCUGAAUGCACAAAUAUGGUCCGAUAUACUCUCUGAUUGGCCAUCAACCAAGAAUGGACAGAUGAUGCGGGA